UACCUUUCAAGGUAAGUCUUAUUUUUUGUGAUUCAUUUUCGUGUUUAAAUGUUGAGUUGUGUCAUGUGUUUGUAUUUCCAGUUGCUGUGAAGUAGAGGAAAAACAGCUCAGAUUAAAGCUCGGACCAAUCCAUCCCCCUCGUCCUAGCUGAGCUACUUCAUCCCUCGGGUCCGACGUGCGACAUCCUUUUCGUUUGUUGCUAGGGCGGCGUUGACCAUGGCCCGAUCCAAAGAUGGCUGGCGGCGGCGCAGCGUGUCGCCGGGCCCGCCCACCCGGCGCCGCUGUCACCAUUCGCUGACUUUGCUGCCGAGCGUCCAUAAACGCUUCUUUUUUAAUCUCGCUCUUCACCGCCUACUUCCUGUUGUGGCCUCCUCUUCAUCCUCCUCCUCUUUGUCAUCUGCCCCAGUCCAGUCGUCACGCCGACCUGCGGGAAGCAAGCAAGCGAGCCAGCGAGCGACAGACGCUGAACGACAAGAGCAGCCACCAUGUCUGAGAAGAAGCUAACGUCCAGUCGCCGACAUCAUCUGAAGAGUUUGAUGCUUCAGAUCGCAUUCAAUUGGAUCGAGCAGGAGAAGAAAGACUUGGAGGUGGCCAAGGAGGCCCACAUGGCCGAGGCCUGCCCCAAACCGGACCUCAGCGGAGACAUGGCCAGCCUGCUGGACAUCUGCAAGAAGAUUCACUCAAAUAUCGACAAGAUCGACGACACUCGCUACGACGUCGAAGCCAAAGUGCAAAAGAUGGACAUUGAGAUCCAGGACCUGAAGCUGAAGGUGGUGGAGCUGGCGGGCGUCAAGAAGCCGGCGCUGAAGAAGGUGCGCAUGUCGGCCGACGCCAUGUUGCAGGCCCUGCUGGGAGGCAAGCACAAGACCACCAUGGACCUCAGGUCCAACCUCAAGCAGGUCAAGAAGGAGAUCAAGGAGGAGCCCACAGAGGCGGUCGGCGACUGGCGCAAGAACAUCGAGGACAAGGCUGACAGGAAGAAGAUGUUUGAGACCUCCUAAAACGCAAACCAAUAAAUCUGUCAAACUUUUAUGACCAUGCACUAUUUUCUAUUGCAUAACGUAUCCAUUUGGAAAGGAUGACGUUGAAAUAAGAUUGAAAUGUAAAGCCGUUCAAAUUGGGGCAGAAGGUCUCCACGGCUUUCAAGUAUGCUGCAAAUUGAAAUCCCGGGAAAUGCCAGCUUUGCCUCCUCCUUUCUUGAGUUUUGCGGCGUCAGCUGAGCCGGACACGGGCGGGGCCCGUCGGCUUGUAUUUCAGAAGCCGGCGGGCCCAUUGGCGAGAAUGCGCUUCCAUAAGCGGGACGGCGGCAUUCUGGGCCGGGAGGCGGCCGGCCGCCUUCUGGCCGCCUUCUAGCUCGUGCGCCGCUCUGCGUGGGUCGCCUAUAAAUACGGCCGUCUUGGCAGCGGCUCCACUUCCUGCUCCUCUUCUCUUCUCUUCCUCCUCAGCUGCUGAGCUAGGGCACAGCACAGCACGGCACGGCGCCAACAUGUCGGAG